UGAAACAGUUCUGCAUAAUUGGCUGCACCUGGACUAAAUUGAGCUGUUGAGAGCAUCUGGUGUCCCGUGCUCUUGUUUACCUGUCCCCUACAGUGUUUUGGAGCUAACGCUUGAACAAUGUCCGAUAAAGCGGAGGUUAAUCUAAAUGGAGUCAAACAAAGUAAAGGCGUGUGGCUUGUAAAGGUCCCCAAGUAUUUGCCACAGCAAUGGGACAGGGCCACGGGAAAGCGAGAAGUUGGAAAGAUCACCAUUGCCAAGAAGGAAGGCAAAACAGAGGUACGUUUCAGCCUGAAUGAGGAGCUGACUGCUCUGGGUGCUGCUGAGGAAAAGGAUGGAUCACUGCAGGUCCCGACGGUUCAUCCCAUCACUAUGCACACAGUGGGUGGACAAACCUUGGCUGUCUUCAGCCAGAGCAACUCAGAUGAAAUCCAUCUGGAGGGGAUGGUGGUGCACAGGGCUGAAUGCAGACCGGUUGUCAGUGACAACUACAUGAAGCUGAAGAAGCAGCAGAUUAAGGAGUCCACCAAGCCUCAGCGUUUGUCACAGCAGCUGGAGAAAGCCAUCACUACCGUCUACAAGCCUGUGGCCAACCAUGAUUUCAAUGUGGAGUAUGAGAAGAAGAAGAAGUCGGAGGGGAAGAUGGUGAGAGCUGAGCGGCAGGUGGUGUUGGACAUGCUUUUCUCUGCCUUUGAGAAGCACCAGUAUUACAACAUUAAGGACCUGGUGGACAUCACCAAACAACCUGUGACUUACCUGAAAGAAAUCAUGAGGGAAAUCGGGACAUACAACAGCAAGGGAGUUCACAAAAGCACAUGGGAACUGAAGCCAGAGUACCGCCACUACCAGUCUGCUGAGGAAGAGGAGGAGAGGGAGACGGCCUAGCUCCAGCAGUCGCCUCCGGGCCCCACCACUGUCAGCUUCUCACCACAGGAAACAGAAGUUUUUUCUUGAGCUGUCAGCUGGUUGAUACAGUUUGUUAGACAUGCAAGUAUGUGACGUGGCUACAUUCCUAAUUUUCUAGUUGACAUUAUCACUGGUGGAAAAGUCUAUUAAUGAUGACUUUCACUGUCCAUUAAUCUGAUUAUUUUCUCAAAUUUGUCUCUAAAUCAAUAGUGAAAAAAGUUCACCUGCUUGUCAGACUCCGAGGUGAUGCCCUGUUUAGUCCUACCAUGAUUACAGAGACUUCCAGUUUAAUCACAGAGAACAGAAAAGCAGAAUAUUCCUAUAUGAGAGGCUGAAAAGAGCUGCUUUUUGUCAUUUAUGCAGAGAAUUUUUUUUUACUGACUAAGCAACUGAUUAUUGAAGCUCUAAAAUAAACACAUCUUUUGUUCAGAGAUGUUUCUGGAAGUUGAGCAGUUAAUACCCAGCGGUUGCCCUGAUGUAGAGAGGGAACAACAAAACAGAAAAUGUGUUAAAAGAUUAGGAGUGAUUUGUAAAAAUGCAAACCCACCAAUAUGUAAGUUGUGGUCACAAGUAAAGAUGUUAAGUCAGA